AUGCUGAUGCAGUCAACGGCCCCUCUACAAACACCAGAUUAUCUACUUUCCUUCCAAUUUUCAUCAUGGUAUCCGACAUUUUCCUCCAUUAGCAUCAAAAGCACCAUCAUCCGUCCCUUGAGUCAAGCAUUCAAGGAGUACCUCGACUCGGACGGCAUUUUCGUACCAGAAGGUUCAGAAAACGUUCCCGCAGAAAGCUCUCCUUCGGACCAAGAGGAUGAGGACGACGCUGCAGUUGGGCAAUCCUUCUCCUUCCCCGAUCUAGAUGAGCGGAUAAGACAAAUUAUCAAAGAAUACGGCACCAUUUUCCCCAAGCUCAAUUUUUCUUCACCAAAGGACGCAUCAUGGGUGCUACCACCAUCCUCGCCUCUCAAAUGCACAUCUCCAUCAGACGUCUACAUCCUACUCAAAUCCUCGGACUUCAUAUCACACGAUCUAAGUAUCGACGCGGUCUUCGAGGGAUGCCAAUGCGAUUCCUUGAAUCCGCCAUCGUACCAACUCGAGCUUGUCUUGAGGAAAUGGUAUCCUAUAGACCGGAGUCGCGAGUUCAGGUGUUUCGUUCGUGAAGGCCGUCUCAUAGGGAUAUCACAACGCGGUACGAAUUUCUAUGACUUCAUGAACGAGCCGCAAACACAAAACAAGAUCUUAGAAACGCUUCAGCGUUUUUGGGGGGACAAGAUCAAGUCUGAAUGGCAUGGACAGCAAGACUACGUCUUCGACGUGUUGAUGACACGUGAUCUGUCUCGGGGACAUGAUCCUAUACUUCAACCCAUACGCACCCCGAACGGAUCCCCUGCUAUUCACCUCCGUAUCAUCGACUCGCCUUUACAUCCGCUCGCAUCGCGCAACGCACCAGCUUACCAACACAACAUGUUGCCAAUGGAAGCCCUCGCGUUGAGUAGCGGUCGGGACAUCAACGACUUCUCAGAUUUGUGGAAGAAUGAGAUUCAGCAGUCCUUGAAUGACGACGACUAA